AUGGAAUUUAAAAUCAGCGACUCACUCUCAGAGCAUCCGGCACUAAGAAGCGACUUCCAGGAAGCGGUUGUGACAGGUGUCUUUCAGACCUAUAAACCCAUCAUGUUCAACAUGCACGACCAUGACUCCCGGACUAAGCCUCGACUCGUAUCUGAACUGAAACCCGUCGGUGUUGUUAAUGACAAGGGAGUCCUCAUCGGGGUCCGUUUCCAGAACUUCAUCGGUGACGAUGAACACGUCAUGGCGCGGUCUGAGUCCGUACCCAACGCCCGCAUCUACCAGGGUGUCGAGGAAGGCUUUCAGCCCGCGAUGGAAACUAUCUUUUCUGGAGGCACUCCCUCUCCUGCCGCCUGCGUCUCUGUGCCCAUUCUUGACAAGACAUUCAUGAACAACAUCCCUGCUGGUCACCGCAAGAUUGGGAUGCAACUCCGAGUUGCGAAGGGAGUCGUGGAUAGCACCAAGUACACUCAUGUCAAGCCCCGAGAGGCUGGUCUAGAGCGAGCCAUCAUCAUCUUACCUGGGUGCCAAGAACUGUUCUCUGAGGUGAACAAAGGCAUGGCUUGCAUCACUUUGGAGGAAAUCCCCUUUGGGCGUUCAUCUGCCAAGCCUUCUGAACUCGUGCGAAUGAAAUUGGCCUAA